AUGAAGUCGUUUGUUGCGGCGCUCGUACUCCUCGGACCUGCUCAAGCUGGUCUCCGCUUCCCUUGCUCAACGUUGACCUUCCAACGACUUGAUCCGGUGGUCCAACCGGGGUCACGGCCAUCGACCCACGUACAUCACAUUGUAGGUGGAAAUGCAUUCAACGCGACCAUGACAGGUGAUGUGGGUGAGAGGGCCACCUGCACGACGUGCCAGAUGUCUGAAGACUUCUCCAAUUACUGGACUGCUACGUUGUACUUUAAGCACCCCACCAAUGGCUCCUACCAUCGCGUUCCAGUUCUUCCAGUUCAACCUCUGUUGGGUGGUUCCAAUGGCGCGCAAGGUGGAAUUACCGUAUACUAUACGCAAUUCGAUUUGUCCCGGGAUAACCUGAAGCAGCAGCCCAUCAAAGCUUUCCAACCAGGCUUCCGUAUGACGGUGGGCAAUCCAGCUUCGACUUCUCGCCCACCUGUAGGCCUCACCUAUCAAUGCUUGCAAGGACAGAGUAGAGGUGCAGAGCUAUCUGACUUCCCAACCAAGCCAUGCUCGGGUGGCAUAUUUACUACUCAUCACUUUCCUGCGUGUUGGGAUGGGAAGAAUCUUGACAGUCCCGAUCACCAGUCGCAUAUGUACAACACGAAGCGUCUGAAUGGCUUUACAAACGAUCCAGCUUGUCCGGCUUCUCACCCAGUACGUGUCCCGCAGGUGACGUACGAGACAACCUGGGAUACAUCGAAAUUUAAUAGCUUGUGGCCCUCUGGUACCCCUAACCCUUUCGUCUGGAGCUUCGAGGGGACGAGCGGUUAUGGGACUCAUGCCGAUUAUAUGUUUGGUUGGAAGGGAGAUUCGCUGCAGCGUGCGAUGGACAAAUCCGAAUGCUUCUAUGACGGCUGUGGUUCGAUUAAGAAACAGGCAAUGGCUGUUGCCAACCAGUGCACUGUCAAGGACAUGGUUGGUGAAGAAACCGACGGAUGGCUUACGAAGCUACCGGGCAUGUAG